UUUAUGUGUUAAUAUAACGGUCACAUCUUCCAGGACGAACAAACAGGACGAUGGCAGGUCAGAUGAAGAGCUGGAGGACUCUGAGGCUCCUGAUCCUCUUCAGCCUCCUCAUCCUCACUCAACAGUUUGAGGUGAGAGAUGAAGAGUGGGAGGAGCUCGGCCCAGAUAUCGCUGCACUACACCACCUCAGAGGACUGUCUGAACACAUGUUUCACGAAAGGCUCAAGAACCCAUCGAACCACAGGGGCACAUCCAUAAAUGGGGCCAGAGUUGAGAGAUCUCUUAGCAGGGAGGACAUUGACCAAAACCCGAUGAGUUUGCUGUCUGAUCUUCAGGAGAAUGAGAAAUUCACAGCUUCUGUUAUUCAGAAGGAACAGGAUUUUGAAGGAUUCUUGGCAGCGAUUGAUGAACAGAAGACACAAGAUGUUCUCCUGAGUGCUUCAGAGAUCUCACACAGCUACAGCCAAAAACUUCUGGUCAUGACUGACAAAGAAAAGUCAACAAAUGACAGAGUCCAACAGGAAUACAGCAUGGAUCCCCGUUACUCAGUAAUAGUCAGCAAUGAAUGCCUGUUCAAUGUCUCGUGUGUACCAGAAGCAGACAGCUACACCUUGGUGAAAAUAUUUGGGAGUGUUUCAGAAGAUGGACAAACUGUGUCUGGCCUUUCUGGCUCUUCACUCGCAGAGCUGAUGUUGAAACCAUCACUGGAAACUGCACCUGUGUUCUCUCUCGAUGGAAACACAACCAAAGACUUCCAACAUAACUUCAUUCGAGUUUUUACGGCCCGUGGCAUCCCAGCAGUCCUAGAAACAAACCAGGAGAAUCACCAGACUUACCAGGUCAUGAACCAACUUGAAGAAGUUACUGGAUACCAAAUUCCGCAAAGACCGGUUGAUCACAGCACCCAGUACGACCACCAGCAGAUCCUCAUCCUGGAAGAUAACCCUGCUGUCAGAACAGCUGCUACGUAUCUUUUUGAGAAGCAUCCAAAGGUUUCCUCUGUCUACGUUCUUGAUAACAACCAAAGACCAGUACUGAUCCGAGGUGACUCCGUGCCUCUGACAGAGGAGAGCCGGCUGGUGCUGGUCGGCCACGGCAGGAAAGACAACUCGGGAGAAAUGAGACUUGGAGGAUAUGAAGUGCAAGAAGUCUCCAAAAUCAUUCAACAAACCUCCAGGGAUUCCAAUAAAAUUAAAACAAUAAGUGUGGUGGCCUGUGACGUCGGAUCAGAUAAUGCAUUCAUUGAAACGCUGCUGAAGGAUCUCCAUGAGACCGCCGGCAUCGAGACAGAGCUGCACCUCAGAGACGCUGUGCUCCAGGUCAGCCACACAGGAGAGAAAAUCACCCUGGAGAUCACUAAGGAUGGAGAGCAAUGGAGACAUAAAGAUGACAGCAAGAAAGUGGUCGCAACCCUCGAUAGGAACGGAGAUGUAAUUAUUAGAAAUGAGCCCGGCAGUAAAGGAAAGGAAAUCUUUACCACUGAAAGAAACUUUCUAGGUCCAGAAAACCGUUUUCUGGUCUACAGAGACAGCUGGCCAGUUGUGCCAAGGAGAUUUAUUAACAAGAAUGUUUUGGGGAAGUUUACGGAUGCUGACAAAGUACGUAUUGCUUGUAAUCAACUUGAAGCUAUGUCCUGGGGAUUCUUUCACAACAAAAACAUGCCCCGUCCAGAAAAAAUGAAGAUUAAAAACUUUGAUCUAAAAGAAUAUUAUUUACCAAAAAAAAUUUACAAUAAAGAAAGGGAGUUACAGAAGAUAACGAAUGAACAAGAACUAAAUCGUAUUCUUUCCAACUGUUAUGAGAUUAAAUCAGGAGAAGAUAUCAGGAAUGUAAUCCGUCACUAUGCAAAGACCGGAGAAGAUGAGGUUACAUACCUGAAGGUCAAUGACUGGAUAUUAGAGGUUAAUCCUAUAAAUCUGUAUAUAACUCCAGUUGGAAAAAAGCUUGACAACAAUGGAAGAGAAAAUGAGCAAAACGUUAAGAAAUGUAUUGAAGAUCAGAUAGGAAAAGAGAAAUACCCUGACAUACGAAAAGGAAUUAUAAAAGAAAUGGGCCAAAAUGACCCUAAAGAAGGAUACGCUCAAUAUGUGGAAAGUAUUUUUCGUGGAGAGCCCACAACACCUCGCCUGCCGCUCUCCGCAGGGGCCUGGUACACCACAUAUUUCUCUGCAUCGGUUAUAUCUGAAUCUGCUAGAAACUUCCGGACAUUUCCUCUAAUUCUCAUGGCCCUGGAUAUGGUCAAAAGCACAGACAACAAUAUCAAAGAGAAAGGACUGAAGUUUCUUUGGGAAGAACAUUCAAUGGCAAGAGGACAUAACAAGGCCGACUGCCUGGACAGAGACCAGUUCACCAAGUGUAUUAAAAGUAGCAGCAUCGACUACAGCAGCUCAUCAUGUCCUCUGCUGGUGGACCUUCAGGAGGACGAGGCUUUUAGCAGCGUGACGGAAGUUCGUGGGUCAAAGUUCAACGAUGACAUCAGAGGGAACAAAGAACACAAUGUUAUUGUCCCAGGAAGAGGACAUGAUUUCAUCCAGGGUAGAGGAGGAGAGGACUGGUACGUUAUCACACCGGGCCAAGGAGUCAAAACCAUCAACAACCAAUCUCCAGAUCUAGCCUUGGAUAUUCUCUUUCUGAAAGAAGAAUACGAGAACAUAAUGUGUUCUUGUGAAGGGCAGAGCAUCAUCAUUUUGGUACACGGUAGAAUAGAUGUUAUUUUACAGAACUGGUUUGAUUCAAAGUUUCAUCAGCACCUGCAGAUUAAAACCAGUGAUGGAAUAACAUCUGGAUUGAUGACCAACCGCAGCAGCUGUGAUGAGUCUUUAAUGUUCCCCGUAACUGUUGAUUUUAGAAACCAGACACCCUCUGAAUACAAGUGCUUCAUACAUAACAGAAACAAUUCGCAAAUCUUCUGCAGCCUUCAAGGCAAAAGAAAGAUGAAUGGCAAAGUGAUGAAUAUGAAGAAUCGUGAUUCAGUUAAAGAAAUGUACGGUUCCUCAGGUUUCGACAUCAUGGUUGGGAACAGCAAUGAGAAUCUGCUUGAUCCGUACACCGGAGGUGCACUGAUGAUUGGAGGUGAAGGAAAAGACACUUACAUAAUCAAACAAGGAUAUGGAAACAACUCAAUGAUUGCUAACUUUGCAGAAGAUCAGAGUAUUGAUACUGUGUCGGUUGACAUGGAUUAUCUUCAUGGCAGUCAAGUCACACUGGACUCAUCAACAGAAGAUCUAGAAGUGACCAUCACAUCAAAAGGGGAACAACUAAAAUUCAUUCUGCUCAACUACGCCAAAAGUUCCAAACAUCAGCACUUAGAAUUUCAGAGCUCUGACGGAGUGAAUUUUAAAUUGAAAUCACUAAACUCAACCGGAGAUGUCCCUUUCAUUUACAUUGAAGCUUUCAAAGUGACUCUGAAACAGCUGCAGGUUGACUGCCGCUUGGACCUCAACUCUCAGAGGAAUCUGUCAAAGGUCCAAACGGUGCAAGGCUGUCCCUCCCAGUCCAAUGACAUACUAGGUAACGAUCAAGACAACGCUCUGAUUGGUGGGUGGAAGGAUGACGCCUUGGAAGGAGGCGCCGGAGAUGACACGCUGAUCGGAGGGAACGGAGACGACCUCCUGAUUGGUGGCUUGGGAGACGACACUCUUUAUGGCGAGGACGGAAAUGACACUAUGAUGGGAAACUCUGGCCGGGACGUCUUCCUUCCUGGACCAGGGGCCGAUCUGGUGGACGGGGGUCCUGGCAGAGACACGGUUGUGUACCGGGGCGAUCCUGACACAGGUAAAGGAGUUUAUGUCAACCUGCUGACGGGACAAGGCCGCUACGCCGAUGCUGAGGGCGACGUGUUGAAGGAUGUGGAGAUAGUCAUCGGCACCAUCUACUCUGAUAUCUUGGUGUCCGGUUACGAAAGUUCUCUCCUCAAAGGCUCGGACGGCAAUGACAUCUUGGUGUCCACCGGUGGUGAUUACCUGGUCGGUGGUGAUGGAAAUGACAUUUACAUGUUGGCUUUCAACAACGGUUCAGUCACGGUUGAUAACUGUGCCAAAGACAACGCUACAGACGUCUUGUACAUAAGCUCACAGUUAACGCUGCCAUUUGACUGCCAACUUUUGUCUGACAGAGUUCUCCUGACUUCAUUUGGACUUAAGCAAACUACUAUUAAAAUUACACUGCAAGGCUGGAUCAGCGAUGAGAAUGAAUGUGGUCAUUUGAAGUUGGGUUUUAGAGAUCAGGAGGUGUCGGUGGACCGGCUGCUGCAAGAGUGUCAGUUAAGACAGAAGUAGUUAUCCGGAUCAUUC